CCGAUGGUCGGCGUUCAAUUCAGUUUGAAUUUAGCGCUGCGCGCCAACGGCAGUAAGUGGCUCCGAAAGACAAUCAAGUCAAUAAGUGUACAACAACACAAGAAACGAGCAACGAAAUAAAUUAAUUUAACGAUUUGUUGUACUUAAAAGCAAAAUAAAAUGAAAUUUACACAAAUAUUGUACGUUAUAUUUUUAUUAACUAUACCCGCCUGCAAGUCACAAAUCAGCGCGGAGAAUCUCGAAGAGAAGCGACCACAUAUUAUAUUUAUUUUGGCUGAUGACCUGGGCUUCAACGAUGUUGGCUUCCAUGGGUCGGCACAAAUUCCGACACCGAACAUUGAUGCCUUAGCAUUUUCCGGACUCAUAUUGAAUAAUUACUAUGUGAAUCCUAUAUGUACACCCUCCAGAUCGGCGUUAAUGACGGGAAAAUAUCCAAUACAUACGGGCAUGCAGCAUACGGUGCUAUACGCUGCGGAACCACGUGGUCUACCUUUGACUGAGAAAAUUUUACCACAAUAUCUUAAUGAACUAGGCUACUCCUCUCACAUUGCCGGCAAGUGGCAUUUGGGCCAUUACAAAAGUGUUUAUACGCCUCUACAGCGGGGCUUUAAGACACACGUAGGCUUCUGGGCGGGACAUCACGACUAUUUUGAUCAUACCGGGGUGGAGCAUGGCAUGUGGGGCUUGGACUUGCGGAACGGCAUGGAUAUUGGUUACGAAUUCCACGGUAAAUAUAGCACCGAUAUAGUAACGGAUGAGGCGGUACGUGUGAUUGCCACGCACAAUGCGACGGCGCAACCGCUCUUCCUCUAUGUUGCACAUGCGGCGGUGCAUUCAGCCAAUCCGUAUAAUCCACUGCCGGCUCCGGAUGAAACAGUCGCUAAGCUGAAUCACAUUGAGGAUAUGGGAAGACGUCGAUUUGCAGCCAUGCUUACGCAGUUGGAUCACUCAGUCGGACUGAUCGUACAGGAACUGCAAAAACGCAAAAUGUUGGAGGAUUCCAUAAUUGUCUUUAGCACAGAUAAUGGCGGUCCACCGCAGGGAUUCAAUCUUAAUCACGCCUCCAAUUGGCCGUUGCGCGGUGUCAAGAACUCAGUGUGGGAGGGUGGUGUGCGUGGCGCAGCAUUGCUUUGGUCCCCCAGACUGCAGAAACGUCCACGAGUAGCCGAACAGCGUAUGCAUAUCGUCGAUUGGUUGCCGACAUUACUGAGCGCAGCAACUGGUGGGCAAGCUGUGGAGUUGCACAACGCUACUGCAGCGCUGGAUGGCAUUAACCUUUGGAAUGCGCUUACACGUGAUGAACCAUCGCCGCGUCGCACCAUUCUGCAUAACAUCGAUGAUAUCUGGGGCAGUGCAGGACUCACUGUGGGUGAUUGGAAAUUGGUACUUGGCACUAAUUAUCCGACUAUGUGGAAUGGUUGGUACGGGCCGCCGGGCGAACGCGAUGCUCGCGCGUAUGAUUUGAAGUUGCUACAACGUUGUCCGGUCGGUCAUGCUUUAGCCAGCUUGAAUAUGACACCCAGCGUGGCGGAGGUGACACGAAUGCGUACGGCAGCAACCGUUAAGUGUGUGAUGGAGACACCGCCAAACAUCUGCGCGUAUAAGGAGAAAAAGCCAUGCUUAUAUAAUGUCAAAGAUGAUCCAUGUGAAUAUUAUAAUCAAGCUGAAAAAUACCCAAAUAUACUCAGAACGCUCAUGGAUCAACUGAAGCACUUUAAUGAGACUGCUGUACCUGCCUCUAACAAGCCAGACGAUCCUCGAGGUGAUCCUCGUUUGCACAACUAUGUUUGGACCAACUUUGGUGACAUUGUGGAUAGCGAGCUUGCUGGAGAGCUUAAAUGAGCUUUUAAAGAAAGCACUUGAAAUUAUAAUAAAAAUCCCAAUAUUUUGUUAUAAAAAUCGUCAAAUAUUUUUGUGUUUUAUUGUAACAUUUGCUUGUCCGUUUCAUUGCUAUAAUAUUAAACUAAGAUUUACAUGUCUUGGCUUGUAUAUAUAUGUAUAUAUAUAUAGGUAUUUAUAUUUAUAAACAAAUAAUAAGUAGUUAGAACGUAAGGAGUACAACUUAGCAUAGACUUUAAUGAAAUGAGUUAUAAGUAGUUUAAAUACAGUCAAGUUGAACGACUACUUCCAAAUGGAGUUGAAGAACAUGAAGCUUUAAGCAGAGAAUGAUAGGUUGUUGGAUGUUCAGGGUUUGUAGUUUCACAUUAAACUUUGAGUUUACCAACAGUUCUUAUUUAUAUGCCACAUGCAUUUCAUAUACACGCACUAAAUGCUAACUAGAUAAUAUGCAAAUACAUUAUUGUAUAAUAGUCUAGUGUUAUGAUGAUUGAAUAC